AUGGAACAAGAGAAGGCGAAACGACUGAUGAAUAAAGCAAUAGAUAUGGAUGGAAGCAACGAGGUGACGGCAAUAAUCAGACGCUAUGGGUUGUCAUAUGUACCAGAAUGGAGGGAAGGAUAUGCGCUAAUUAUAAGGGCACUGCUGCGAAAAAAGGAAGAGGCGGUGGAAGCUCUCAUUGUGCAGAAUGCAAAUAUAAAUGGACCACAUCACGCAAACUCCAUAGUUCCAUUAUGCAGAAUUUUGAAAUAUUCAAAAACGGAAUUAACAUGGUUGCUCAUAGCUCGAGGUGCAAACAUCAAUGCGGAUAAUGAUGACAGUGGAAAUCGACCAAUACAUCAACUUGUCAUCGCUGUUGGACAGAAAACAGGAGGGACCAGGACAAGGUUGGCGGAAAUAAUGGAAUAUAUGCUACAGAAUGGAGUCGAGGUAGAGGCACGAAAUCGUGAAGGAAUGACAGCUGCGCACCUGGAUGUACGACAAAUGUACAUGGGAAUAUUUAAUUUGUUCACUGAACACGACGUGAAUAUGGACAUCGAAGAUGAAAAAGGAAGAACACCACUAUUUUAUGCAGUGGAAUAUGGACAAUCGGAAAAGGUAAACGCAUUAUUAAAACAAGGGGCUAGAGUAAAUCAUAGAGAUUGCUAUGGAAUGACACCGCUGUUCAUGAUAUUUAAGAAAAUUUUAACUCGCCGGUAUGAAGGUGACAAUUUAUACAUUCCAGAGCACAUAAGGAAGAUGGAAAUAACGAGAAUGCUAAUAAGAUUUAGAGCCAAUGUCAAUCAGCAGACAACUAAUGGGGACGUAACACCAUUGCGCCUAGCUGGAGCGAGAGGAUAUGAUGAGAUUGUAACAAUGCUACUGGAAAAUGGGGCGGAUGUUAAUUUAAAAGACAAGAAAGGAAGAUACGUUGUACAAUACUGCAGAUAUGCGCAGCAAGAUGAUAAUUUGCCUAAAGGAUACGAAAAAAAGCCGGACGAAAUAUGGCCAGCCACUGAGGGGGACACGUCAGUUGGACGCAUUUAA